AUGGGUAUCAACAGCUACACAUCACCGGAAACCUUCCGAGAAAUACACCAGACUCUGAACGCUACUUUUGCGACAGGAAAGACAAAGUCGAUAGAAUGGCGCAAGUGGCAACUCAAACAACUCUGGUGGCUCGUUCACGAUAAUGAGCAACUCAUCCUGGAAGCCCUGGCCAAGGAUUUGGGCCGGCACGAGCUCGAGACCCGCACGGCAGAUUUUGCGGGCCUUCAAGGCGACAUUCUCGAGCAUAUUAAGCACGUCGAGGAGUGGGCGGCCGCCGAGCCGAUCAAGGGAGCCGGCCUACUCUUUGGUAGCUUGGGUGGUGCACAUAUCCGAAAGGAGCCUCUCGGGGUUGCAUUCGUCAUCGGCGCCUGGAACUUCCCAGUCCUUUUGACACUGCAGCCCGUCAUCGCCGCGGUUGGUGCAGGGUGCUGCGUGAUAAUCAAGCCGUCUGAGCUGGCCAGCGCGUCUGAAAAGGUUAUAGUCGAAUUGGUGAAUCGUUACCUCGACAGUUCGGCCAUCAGGGUCGUGACGGGCGGGCCCAUGGAAACGGCAGAGUUUCUGAAAUACCGGUUCGACCACAUCUUCUUCACCGGCUCGACCAAGGUUGCAAAGUUCGUCUCGGCCGCCGCAGCAAAGCACCUAACCCCAAUUGUUUUGGAACUUGGUGGGCAGUGUCCCGCGGUCAUUACCAAAACGGCAGACGUCGACCUGGCGGCCAAGAGGGUGGCGUAUGCCAAGUUCCUCAACGCUGGGCAGAUCUGCCUGUCUGUGAAUCACGUAUUUGUCGACCCGGCUAUCCACGAUCAGUUUGUCGACAGCUUGAAGCGAUGGACGGUUGAGUUUGGAUCAUCUGGUCAAAUGUGCAACAUCAUCAAUGAGAGAAACUACGAUCGAUUGAAUGAAAUGCUUGAGAAGACGCAGGGAAAAGUUCUGUGUGGAGGAGAAGGGUCUAGAGAGACCAAGAUGUUGCCUGGCACCGUGGUUGACCAGGUUACUUUGGCAGACUCCUUGAUGAGUGAGGAGCUUUUCGGGCCCAUCUGUCCGGUCAUCACAGCCACUCCAAGCGAAGCAAUUAAUGCCAUUAACUCCCUCCCACGUCCUCUGGCCUUGUACGUAUUUAGCAAGGAGCAAAAGGAAAUAGAUAACAUCCUCAACGAAACCAUAUCCGGUGGCGUGUCUGUCAACGACCCUCUCAUGCACGUCGCCGUACCCAACGCACCCUUUGGCGGCGUGGGUGACUCGGGAAUGGGCGCAUACCACGGCAAGUAUGGCUUCGACGUCUUUACGCACAAGCGGACCGUGCUGGCCCUUCCGCAAUGGCUCGACGCCGUCAUAUCGUUCCGGUACCCUCCAUACGACGUCAAGCACGCCAGCAAGCUUGCCGUCAAGAACAGGCUUGGUUUCCGAAGGGGAGAGACCAUGGCGGAUCAGAGGGUUGGUGGGUUCAAGGGAGGUCCUGGUCUGCUCAAGGCGUCUUUAUGGGCUGCUGUGAUUUUUGCUGGUCUCUACUGGAUCGAUGAUAUUCGUUCUGCCAAGUUGGCGGUGCUGGGUUGGGUGAGGCAUCUUGCGGGUGGGCAGCAGUAGACGGUUUUCUUUUGUGGUUGUUGCGGGAUAACUGUAUUAUUGUAUAUCAUUACAACCUUGUUAGAAGCUCUGGCAUUUCAAUAUAGAC